AUGACCAUCUGUUGCUGUGUGAAGGAUUGUUAUAUCCAGAAUGUAGCCAUUUCCACCUUGCUUGAAGUCAUCAAUCAUUCCCAGUCCUUAUCUAUUGUCAUGGACGAUCGAAUGAAACGGGCUAAAACAUCGGGAUAUGGUGCGGUGUUUGGAAAACUGCAAAUGGUCACGGUGCCGCCUGUCUCACCAGGCGUCCUGAAACUCAUUGCAGAGAAAACAGAUUUCUACCCGGUACGAGUUUACUGUCCAAUGUCUGUCUUCUAGCCUUUCAUACUGAAAGCGUUGAUACCAUUGAUGUUCCCAUCUUUAGAUAGUUUCCCGUGAACACCUGUGUUCCUGUAUUUUAGGGAGCUUUACGCACGUCUUGGCCCACUUGUGUAUGUCAGUUUCUGUUAGACUGUGCAGAAGAUAGGUCAAGGCAGUGUCCCCCCCAGUCUGAUUUAAUAUAAUAUCCAUUUUUACUACAAAAAAAUUACGCAGUGGCUGACCUAGCAAUGUAUUCUUUAACAUGGUUCCCAGUUGUGGAGAUAUUGAGCAUUACAGAUAAAAAGCAUUACUAGUGGAGAAAUUGCCAUGGAAACCAGUGGAACAUUUUCCUGAUUGCUCCAUAUUUCGAACUUUGCACCAGAUUUAUACAGCCCAGUAUAUCUAGGGUACGAGCAUGUCAUUAAAAACAUUGCAAACAUGACAACUCUCCAUAUGAGAAAAAAAGUUAAAAAGUCAAUACAUUUCAGGUUUGAUUCAAAGUAAUAAUAAAUAAUAUGUAUAUAAAUAUAAUACAAAAUAAAGAGUAAAAAUGGUUCUAAGUUUUAAACAUGCUUGCCACCAUAUAUAAAAAUAAUGGACGUUUUUGCGUGUUGGCCCACUUUUAGAAAUGUUAUUUUGCAAUUUAUUCUGUGUAUUUUAACACUGAGCCCUAUUUCCCAUCAGAGAGUGGCUCAUGUCCUGUGGAAUCAACUGAAUAUGGAAACCAGAGAACAUCACAUUACAUGUGUCGAGCUGUUCUACAGACUGCACUGCUUGGCUCCUUCGGCUAAUAUUUGCGAAGAAAUCAUCUGCCAGACUCUGCUGGACAAUGAUAAGGUGAGAUAGUUUGAAUUCCUAGUAUAGAUCGGUCCUAAGAUAUUAUACAACACAACAUGAGGAAAUGUGUAAUCAGGCAUAUAUUGGGUUAAACAACUGCUAUGACUUUAUCAGCCGGUUCUUGUCUAUUAUCUAAUGUGAUGAAGAUGAUCUGGUUGUGUUUUAGGUCAAACUGAUGAAAUCUACAAUUUCACAGAAAACAAUAAUGUUAAAAAAUGUAUGUUCCUCUCCGUAGGAAACAAACUGUAUAGUCAUUUUGUGUUUGAUGUGAUUGUGUUAACAUUGUGUCACUACUACUCCUCAGUCAAUCAUGCUCCAUAAUCCCUUGCACCUUGCAAUUGUGAAGUCUAUUUUUUGUUGAGGAAUGACCUGCUUGUAGAAUUGUUGAUUUUUCUUAAAGUAACACUACGGGCACCAUAACAACUUAAUUACAAUUGGGUUGUAAUGGUGGAAGGAAAUCCUUGUCACUGGCUUUCCUGAAGGCGUUAACCAUAAAGCAAUAGUUUAAAGCCAUCGCUCUGCCCCUGUUCUUUCUCUCAAUGUCCAAAACUUGUAUCAGGACCUUUUGCCACUGGGAGCAUUAGCUGAUGCUCUCAGGCUAUCAAUAGCUCACCAUUGAAAAAAUAAGGCAAAAGAUGCUUGUUUUUUUUGUUUUUUUUUGGCGGGGGGGGGGUCUCUCUUUUCUUAAAGGCGUCAGCAGACCUGCAACGAUGUCCAUUGAUGAGGUUGUUAUUGUGUGAGCAGAUGCCAGCAUACCUGGGAUCUCCUCAUACUUCAUUGCCCGGUGUGUGCCUUUUAAGUGAUCUUCUAAACCAACAGGGCUAACACGUAAAGUGAAAUUUAACGUUCAUUCUCUAAUGGUGGGGGAUCAGAGAGAGACUAAUGUGGUUUCCACAGUGAUUGCUUCAUUUUUAGACUUCUGUAUAAAACCACAACUAAACCGCAAUUCUUAAAUUGCACUAAACAUGCAGAUUCAUUAGAAUUCCAUGAUAUAUUACUGGGCAUCACAGAUAGUAGAAUAUUAUGCCUGAUUUUAAACUCCGCAGCUGGCUCAGUGGGUGUCUUCAACUCUCUGUCACUGUAUACUGGCUAUGUUUACAGGAUUACUUACUAUAGUGAGAAUCAAAGUGAAUAUCAAAUAGCCGAUAGGAACAUUUGUCUUAUUCAUUUGUGCUUCCAGUUCCGUUACUUUGGCCUUAAAUUUGAACUGUCGCUUUAGCUAACGGUGAAUAACCCUGUUUUCUGAUUGCUCCAUAUUUAGAACUUUGCCUCAGAAUUAUACAGCCCAGUAUAUUUAGAGUACGAGUGUGUAUAUAUAUAUAUGUUUUUAUUCUUUAACAGGUAACCAGAUUAGAGGCUCUGUUCCGAUUCUCUGUGAUUUGGCAUCUGACAAGGGAAAUACAAGGCAGCCGAGUCACAUCUCACAACCGCUCUUUCGAUAGGUGAAUAAAUUAUAUUGAUUUUUAUUCUCACUUAGUGAUUUUUGCUCCGGGGAAUACAAUGAGUUUAUUUCUGUUUUCUGUUUGAUGUUACUUUUAAUAUUAUGGAUUUUGGAUUAUAUUUUUGGCCUUUUCAAUAACGUUUUGAUUCACAAAAUUAUAGAAACCGUCAGGGCUAUUUACUAUAGUGAGAACUGCUGGGAAUUCAAAGUGAAUAUCAUAUUAUGGCUGAAAUAACUAAACUGAAAACAGAAUUGACUUGGAGAUUUUUCAAACUUGGCUACUUGGGCAUAAACUUGUGAUUUUACUUUCAAUUCACUUUGAAUUCCGAGCAAUUCUCAUGUUAGUGAAUAGCCCUGGGUGUCUUUACAGAUUCUCUGGAUGUAUAUAUAGAACCAGUAAAUACGCCUUGUGCCCUGUUCCUUUUUGUAGAUCCCUGUUUGUGGUACUUGAUAGCCUAAACUGCUCCGAUGGAGCGAUCGGUGCAGCUGCGCAGGGAUGGCUUAUCCGAGCUCUCUCCUUAAACGAUGUUGCAAGAAUCUUGGAACCUAUACUACUGCUGCUACUUCACCCAAAGACACAACGUACCUCCAUUCAUUGCAUCAAGCAGAAAAACGCAUCAGGUCAGGAGGCGUUUUAAAAAGUCGUCCAUGUUCAUAUUUAUCAUGUAAAUGUGGAUGCAUUUUUUAUUGUCUUGCUUACAUUAAAUAAAUUCAUCAGAUGGUUGCGUUUUAAAAAAAGAUGCAAUCUAAUAUACAGACUGUGAUAGACAACUUGGUAGCAAAUCAUAUAUUCAGUUUCAUAAUCGGUAAAACAUUUCCGUAGAGAUUUUAAUCUACAGUGUUACUGUCAUAAUGGGUUGCAUGCACUGUUAAUGUCUUCUAAAAUUAAUUCUGCACUUUAUCAGAUGCAAAGAUUGCAUUAUACUAAUAUUAUCUGCUGACAUUGCAGUCUGCAGUGUAACUUUUUUUUAUAUAUUUUGUGUUGAACCAAUGCCUGUGUUUUUGUGUAACAUCUGUGUUUUCCUUUGUUGUUUGUUUUGUUUUUGUUUUGUUUUUUUAGAAGAAUUCAAUUACUGGUUUCGAAGUAAAAAAAACUAUUUGAAAGACCCCUCAAUGAUUCACGAAUUCCCAGAAAGUAACGGGGAUGAAAUCUACCCUCAGUUUAACACAGUUGACCGAGAGGCUAUAUGGGCUGAAGUGGAGAAAGAUCCUGAGAGAAUAAGAAAUGAGUGGAGAGAAAGUCAAUCAUCCAAUUACAGCAACUCUCGAUAUGGUGGCGAAUAUGGCGAAGAGGACAGCGAACACACAGAAUCUGCUGAUACUAGUACUGGCCAUAACGACAGCGAGAACACGUCCUCCUUUACGCCCAGCUCUGUUGACCUUAGCAAUGACCAAUCUUGCGGAGACAAUACUGAUGGGCAGAGCAAUCUGAAGAACAUUGGCCACCCAAACAUGGGCUAUGUAGAUGCCCCAAGACAAAGUACGUUGUUAAAUCUGGUGCGUACCGAAUCUGAUAUAACGCAGACAUCAGAAUCGCUCUCCAGUGACGAAGAAAUGGAUGUGGAGCUUCAAGCCAUCCGAAGCACUAGACUUCUGAAGCAGCAGAGAGAGAAAGAAGAGCUAAUCGAGGCUCUUUUUAAACAUAUUCUUCUGUAUCUACAACCCUAUGAUUCCAAAAGGGUAUUGUAUGCCUUUUCUGUGCUGGAAGCCAUUUUAAAAACCAACCCUAAAGAAUUUAUUGAAGCGGUAGCCAGCACCAGUAUGGACACCAGCUCCACAGCCCAUCUGAACUUAAUAUACAACCUUCUAGCCCGUCAUCAGGAAGCCCUUGUUGGGCAAAGCUUUUAUGGCAAACUCCAGGCACAGUCACCAUCAAUGUGUCCUCAUUCUUUGUUGAUAGAGCUGUUAACUUAUCUCUGCCUCAGCUUCCUUCGUGCAUACUACCCAUGUUACAUUAAGGUCACCCACAAGGAUGUGCUGGGCAACAGAGAUGUUCAAGUGAAAAGUGUUGAAGUCUUGAUCAGAGUGAUGUCUCAGUUGGCCUCCAUAGCUAAAUCCUCAGAGAGCAAGAACGUUGAAUUCAUCCAUAGUUUGCUGGACAGAUGUAAAGUUCAGGAAUUUGUUCUUCUCUCAUUAUCUGCUUCCAUGUAUACAAGUCAAAAAAGGUAUGAGAUGGUGUCCUCUGGUGUUAAAGAUGUUGACGAAGGUUUAUUUGAGGAAAGCGUCAUUAAUUUUGGUCAAGACCAAAUUUGGAGUGAGCACCCUCUACAGAUUGAGCUCCUUAAACUCCUCCAGGUCUUAAUUCUUCUGGAGCACUAUUUGCGUCAACUAUCAGAGGAUCAGGAUUCUAGUGCAGAUCUCUCAAAGGAAUGGCAACGAGGUCUCAACUUUCAACAGUCUAUUAAUGCAAUGCAAUACGUACAGUCUCACGCAAUAACUUCUCAGGGAUUGUUUGUCUCCGCAGUGGUGAGAGCUCUGCGCCCGGAGUAUGGAUAUGGGAUGCAUUCUCCAUGGGUUACUUUAGUUACGUCAUCUUUGCCUUAUUUUGGAAAGUCAUUGGGGCUCACAGUUGCCCCUUUUAUUGCGCAGAUUUGUAAAAAUUUGGAUGAACUCGUGAAGCAAUAUGAAAGAGAGUCGGUAAAGAUCGGGUAAGUUUCAUAUAUUUUUCAAUAUCUCUUUUCUGAGAAAGACACUGGUGCCAGAGAUUGCAAUACAUGAUGAGAACAUUUUGAUGCAUCAUCUCUUCCGCUAAGUAAACUUUUGUAUUUUUUCCCUUUAGUCUGUAGUAGUUUUAUGUGAGGUCUCAGACCUUUUUUUAUAAUGCACUUUGUGUGUUCUGUAGAAUAAGAUGUACAUAUUUUUUUUACAUCAUGGCAAGCAUAAUCUAUUUUCAGAAUUCCAACUUAAGGAUGUCUGGAAUGGGCAGACCAUGAUUGUCACAUAUGUCCAGUCAUGUCUGAAUCCACUGUGCCGCCAAAAAUCAUUUUAAAAGGGUCGUUUAACAAUAUGCAAUGAGUGCUUUUGUGUAAUGGGGGUAGGAGACAGGUAUCUUAAUGGAGAGAUGCAUGUUUUUAAUUUUAAAAUCCUUUUGUUUCUUUUCAUGAAAAAGAUACAGUAGCAUGGUAACUUGCUGCACCACUUCUCAAAAAGCAAUAUUAUUUGAAGCAACCUAUUAAAGCAUCUUUCUACCAGGAAAAAUAAAACCAUUUAUGUGAAGGACCGGUGUCACAUGGGUCUGCCUUUAGAAAUGGGUUUUAUAAAGCCAUUUUAAGCUGUGAUGCUAACCUGGUCUCUGCAGAUUUUUUUUUAACUACAUUUCUCAUCAUGCUCACACAACCUAGAAGAAUUAAAUAACUGACUUUUUUAUUUUUAUUUUUUGCCAGGAACAUGACAGCUAAAAGAGAAAAUAUCUCACCAGAUUACCCUCUCACCCUUCUGGAAGGUCUAACCACAAUCGGUCACUUCUGCCUCUUGGAUCAUCCUUCACCAACAAAAAAGGUAAAUAAUUUUAUUUAUGAAUGGAAACAUGCGCACACAAAUUAAAUUACGUUGUGGGAGAAGAUGAAUAUAAGGUGGUAAUGAAAACAAGGCUUUAAAGCAAUUUAAAUGCAAAAAAUAAACUGCACAAAUACUAACUUUGAAAGGUCUUAAAGUUGCAUGGUUUAAAGAAGAUUGCUGCAUAUUCAGGCAGACGCCUUCCUCGCCAAUCAGGAGCCUCUUAGACUGAUCUUCUGGGUCUGUUUUUUAACCCAUAAACUUAUUUUCAGCUGAUAUUUUAUGGGAUUUGUCGUUUAUAUCCCUGUAGCAGUUCCACUUGUAAAAAAAUAAAAAAUCUGAUGAGAGCAGAUAUACCCCAGCUGCUCUGUUUACACACAGCCCAGUUGCAAAUUUGACACCCAAAACCUGUCAAUAUUUAUUAAUGUUGGGGUUUGUCCCCUGCCUGACAUGUCUCUGCAUCAUUAAAUUCUCCUAGCUGGUCUCCCCAGACGCCGAACUGUCCCGCAACAAUCCGUAAUGAAUGCUGCUGCCAGGCUGAUUUUUCUCAACCUUCGCUCCUCCCAUACCUCACCCCUCUGUCGAUCCUUACACUGGAUUCCUGUAUCAUAUAGGUGUCAAUUCAAAAUACUAAUCCUUACCUAUAAAGCUCUGACAAUCUAGCCCCUCUUUCAUAGAUAGCCACUUCUUGGUCUCUCCAUUCUUCCGGUGAUGAUCUCCUGUCCGCUGCUCGCCCCCUGACUGCUUACUCACGCUUGAAGGACUUUUCAUGGAAAAGCCUGCCUAUCCCCAUCAGACUCUCCCCUAGACUUCAAUUGUUUAAGAAGUCCCUCAAAACACAUCUGUUCAGAAAUGCUUAUGGACUCCCAAAAUAACUUAUCUAUACCUAUCCAUAUCUGUCUUUCGCCCUCCUAAAGAGCCACACUCCACUCUCCCCUCCAGUUAUGCUACUUUUCCACCAUGUUGGUGGCUGUCACCCUUGCUGCCCUGUUGUGUAUUUGUACCCCACCUCCUCUAGACUGUAAGCACGUUUGAGCAGGGUCCUCCUCUACCUAUUGUUCCUGUGUCACUGUGUAAUUGUCUCAGUUAUUGUAAAUUUCCCCCUUUCAUAAUAUUGUAAACGCUGUGGAAUUAGUUGGCGCUAUAUAAAUGUCAGGGUACCUGUGGUUACUGCCCAGGCAGGGAUCCAAUCUCCUCAUGAUGGGGACCCUCCUCACAUUCCCUCAUCUCGGCCGUUCAGAUGCUGGGCACGGUAGCUCCGCCCCUUUUUAUGACGCGGCGCAUGCGUACCAAUGUCAUUAUGUCACGGCCUGCCGAAACCUUCGAAUUUGGUCGUUUUGGGGGCGUGGUCAUCAUUUAAAGAGCCAAACUAUAAAAAGGACUUAUUUGCAAUGAAUCAUUGCCCUUUUGUGGUUCUAGCUUGAUUGUUCCUAUAGUGCAUACUCUGUUUUGGUUUAUUGGUAUUUGACUUGGCUCUGAUUUUUGAUUAUUCUGUGAUUUUCCUUCCCUUUGACUCGACUUGUUAUUCGCUUAUCUGUCUUCUGGCUCCCUCGACCUCGGCUUGUCGCUGACUAUUCUCUGUCCAUUCCUACGUUAGUCCGGCCAUUCUAAGGCCCAGUAAACUUUCUCCUAUUUUGCAUUCUGCGUAUUGGAUCGCUGUGUCGUUCCUGACAAUAAAUACCAAUAAUAACAUGUGGCCUGUAAACAUCCCUGUGCAGAAUAUGAAUAUUCAGAAUUGGGAGGAGAGUGGGGGAAAUACCUUUUGUAUUCUAUAAUAAACAGCUACAAAAAUAAAUAAUAGAAAGGUUUGAAGCCACAGUUUUAUUUAAUGUGAACGUGUCCUUUCCUUUGGAUAACCACAGCAGCCUCAGUGAGCGAUACAUAUAAUUUGAUCUGUACAUUAUAUUAGCAAACCCAUGAGCAGCACUAUAGGUCAUUGGGGACCUGUGCUAGGUCCCUCUUUAUUGGUUUGCGGUGGGGUCUUCUUUUACAACCGUGAAUAGCCACUGGCUGCUCACUGUUUAGUAGACAUGCAUUAGGGAGAUUGUAAUAUCUCUUGGCUAAUAUGUGGGUCAUAUUAACCCACAUAGAGUGUGGAGUGGAGGGGGGUUAGGAAGUGGCACUGUUCCGAAUGAACGAAUAGCUGAAAUUUCAGUCUGAAUUUCAGACUAUAGUGAAUGCCCAAGUGUUCAACUGGGCAUGAGCGGGAAUUUCACAGCGCUAUCUUGUGUGGGCAGAUGAUGUGUCCCGCAGGUAAUUCAUCUACCCACACAAAGAUGGCGUACCUAGGACCUAGCUCCAGGCAUAAAAUAAAGAGUGCGGAAAGAGGUAAAAUGUGGGGCCUAUGGGCGUUUUGGGAGGUGACUAGGGGGACAUUAAAAUGUAGUGGAGUGGGGGUUAAAAAAAAUAAAACGGAUGACUAUGCCGUUUUAAGACAUUGAUCCCGCAUACCUAUGGUGGCAGUCACUUCCUCGUAGUGAUGGUAAAGUACAUUUUAUUACAGUUGAUAAUGUUUUGAUUUAUAGUUCUAUUUUGAGUUUAUUUUGCUUUUUAUUAUAUAGUCUUCCUCGACUGACCCUUCUAACUUGAAGAACGCAAGGAAUGCUAUUCUAGAGGAGCUUCCCCGCAUCAUUAACAGCUUGUCUCUUCUUUGGAGUGUUAUAACUAAACAAGAAAGAGACAAGAGGCCUUCUGACCUCCUCGGAAGCAUCAAAGGGUCGUCCUCCGUUUAUUUCAAGACAACUAAAGUAAGGGGACAUUGGGCCUAUUUUCUUACUGCGUUAGUGUGGCACAAGGUCCACAUGAGGUUCAUAUUUUUAUCUAAUCAUGUUUCUGGUGUUUGUUUGUUUUUUCUCUGCAGACUCUAAAGCAAAAAAUCUUGUAUUUCCUGAAUCCUCUGACAGGACACCUGGGAGUGCAGCUCAUUGCUGCUGUAGCCACCGUGUGGAAGAGAAAGAGAAUUAACAAGAGCCAAAAUAAAGCCAAGGUAUUAGACACAGUAUCUUACUAAUUCCCAUACUGUAAACAAAAUUAAAUAAAUUGAACUUUUUAUGUCUGGCCUUACUUACUAAUAUAGAAUUGUAUUAGCAAGUUUAAUUUUACCUAUUUUUUUUUAUUUUGCUUCUUUUUUUCUGUGACAUUUAAACCAUGUACCAGUUACCCCUUCUCUUACUUUUAUUUGUUCUUCACCUACAUUAAAAAAAAAAAGAAAGAAAUGGCCCACAUAGCAGGGAGAGGUAAAGUAAAUACUAAUUCUGUGCCUUCGAGGGCACCUUUUAACCCAAAAAAUGCCUGUUACAUCUAAAUGGAUGUAUAAGGAAUACCUCCCACCUCUAGAAUCAAUAUAAUGAAAGAAAGCUGGGGAUUGUAACAAUAGCCAUAACUCUCCCUGUUAUCACCCCUAUUGAUACAGACAUGUAUUGGCUACAUUGUUUGGCAGCGACUAUUAGCUAAUACAAUGUUGCUUUUUUGUUCCCACUCCAUUUCUGGACCUCUCCAGCAAGACCAUUUGGCCUGUAUAACAAGCAUUUUCUGAUAUCUUAGUAUUUCUAUUGCAGCACUGCACAUUAUGAAAUACUUUUUUUUUUUCUUUCUAAAGGGGAGGGAGACGUCCCAUUAUCCCUUUGUUUGGAGUUUAGAUUUAGAUUUUUUCUAUUCUCCUUAUACCGCUGGUCUGCUCAUUAUUUCAUUAUCCCUCCACACUCCACCAGCUACUUAACCCGACUUAAUCUUAGGAUUAAUAAUGCUGGUGGACAUCGUAUAAUUAAUUGUUAAAAUGUUGUAACUAGCUCAUCUGAAAACAUAUUACGUUUGACACAUACUGAUCCACCAGGUCAAGUAUAAAUAUAAAAAACAGUGCCUUUUUUUUUUCUUUCUGAUAUUGUAUGCUACACCAUGGCUUUAUCUUGUUUUAUCCUUUACAAUGUUUACCUAAAGUUGUCUACAUAAACCUGCACUGCAAAAAUAGGGAGUUUAAGAAAAAAGAAAAGAAUGUACAAGCUGUCUAACAUGUAAUACUCUACUCUAAAAAUGUGCAAGCUGUCUAACAUGAUAUAUUCCACUUUAAAAAUGUGCAAGAUGGGGGCGGGGCCUGACCGCCGAGCUGGGUGGACGUGGGGCGCCUCAGCUCCCUGACAAACCCGCAAUAACCAGCCGCAAAAUGCCCCUACUCGCCUGGAAAACCCUCAGCUGCUGUGAGAGGGCAAAGGGGACCCGACCACCAACCUUUGGGGCAAGUACCAGCCCCCACUCCGCUGGCGAUGCGGUCUGGUGGGCGAGUGGGAUUGCGGCCUGCUGUGAGGCCCUGGCGGGAGAAGCGGCCGAUCUCCCGUGCUUGGUCCGGCGGGACCUCCCACCGCCUGCUAAGGGCCCCGUUACCCCCCCCCCUGUGGGCCGGGGGGGUUAUCCCGGACCCCACCGGGGACGAAGCGCUCGUUCAGGGCAUACAGGCUGCAGGAGGACUGACUGGGGACCGCAUGGAAAAUCCAAGAUGGCUGCCGCGAUCAUUGUGAGACGGAGAAGUGAGGGGGAAGUACCACAGCAACGGCAGACAGACUGAGUGCUCCUUCCACCCACAGGAUACCAGCAUGAGGGGUAUACUCCACAAGCAAGCCCAGCUCAGCACAAUAACCCUCACACCAACAGAGGCAUCACCUCCCAUUAAUACCAGUGGAUAUAAGGGGACUCUCUCUGGACUCUGACUCUGCCUGAGUACAAGGUAACAAUGAGAAUGGGGGACAAGCUUCACUCCACUGCUAACUGUCAAGCCCCUGCACACUAAAACAACCAGCUACAAGCACAGAUCUAGCACAGCUGCAAGAGGGAUCAAGUGGCUUCCAACCACAUAUGCCUACAGAGAUAACAGACUAUGGUGUACCUCUUAAUCCAGCACCUCAUCCACAAUUUUAACGUGUGCCUUUUGCAUCGGACUCUCUUCCUGCAGUUAGAAAGAAAUCCAAAUGUCUGAGGCUGCAUGUGUGUCCGACGCUCUGCUGCCCCCUGGUGGUUAAACCUAAUUAAGCUUAAAGAAAUCUGUUCUUGAUGAUAACCUUAGCUUCUGUUUUAAUGGCAAAAAUAUGCUCACUGUUUUGUUUCUCACAUAUAUGCCUAGCACAAAUGCCGAUUUAGACAGGUUAAGCAUCAACUAUCUCGCUGUAUUUUAUGUAACUUCACGCUAAUGAUUUAACUGUUUAGCCAAGCUUGCUAAAAAUAUAAAAUUGUGCAGACUCUCAUGCCACUGUUUAACCAUUGUAUAUCUUGCAAUACGCUGUUGUGGCGUCUGUUGAUUCCUUGUACCCACCUGCACAGCAAAAAUAAAGAAUUACAAAAAAAAAAAAAAAAUGUGCAAGAUGUCCACAUCCCAUAUCUCUGUUAUAGACCCUGAAACCACGCUUGUGAAAACGAUCAACAUGUCCUAUUCUACUUUAAAAUUGUGCAAGUUAUCUAGCAAGUUAUAUUCAACUUUAAUAAUGCACAAGUAACCUGACACGCUACAGUCUACCUUUAAAAAUGCAAGUUGUCUAGUAGGAUACACCCUACUUUAACAAUGUGCAAGUUGUCUAGCACGUUAUAUGCUAUAUCAAAAAUGUGCAAGUUGUCUAGCACGUUAUAUGCUAUAUCAAAAAUGUGCAAGUUGUCUAGCACGUUAUAUGCUAUAUCAAAAAUGUGCAAGUUGUCUAGCACGUUAUAUGCUAUAUCAAAAAUGUGCAAGUUGUCUUGAAUGCUAUCUCUACCACUGUCUACGUUUCUCUCUACAAAAUGUAAAAAUUGUGCUGUAUAUUCAUAUGCCAUGCUUUGAUUGUUAUACCUGUUACCGCUUACAACUGCUAUCGUGGCUGAGUAAGCCUAUUGUUUUUCAUGCACAACAUAAAAUAAAGAAUAAAAAAAAAAAAAUUGAAUUGGGGAGAACAUAUGUUGCUCAUUUUAUAAAUUAAAUCCGGUUUUGUAUAUUUUUGUAGAAAUAUUCUAUAUGUGAUCCUAAAAUAUUAUUCCAAUGUCUUGUCUUUUUCUUACAGAUUAUUCCAGUGCCCAGUGAGUCUCAGCUCACACUCGUUGACCUGGUUUUGGCUCUGAAGAGUCUGAAGAUUGAUACCAUUUUACAGUUGUUGAAGGAAGUUGUUAAGAAGCCACCGUUGAUGAAAGGAGAAGAGGUAUUAUUUUAUUAUUUUGUCUACAGAUGUGCAUGGUCAUUUUUUUUUAAAUUGUUUAUUUUAUUGAGGCAUGUGAUUAUGGUGGUACAGAAAAAAGAGAGGGAGACUUGCAAGAAUUGUACAGGUAAGGGUUGUCGUAACAGAUUACAGAAAUCUCCUAUGAUUGUCAACCUCAUUUUAUAUUAUAUUAACAAGCUUAAACCAUAGAUAGAUAUCAGGUAGGGUAUUUGCUAGGCAAUGCACGUUUUUUGAUAAAAUAGGUACAUAAAUAAGGUUACAUGCAUGCACUAUAUUCUGUUCGCUAUUUACUGGACACAUAAUUUAAGUACUUACACAAUUGGUAUGUUUAAGUAAUAUGAAUAGGAUGCUUCAACAUAGUAGGCAGAUAAGCUAGUUUAUAUCAAACACAUCCUAUUGUGAUAUGUAGUUAGUAGAGCAGCAGGCUAUGAUUCACUAAUAGUGAGUACCGUAUUUAUCGGCGUAUAACACGCACUUUUUCUCCCUGAAAAUAGGGGAGAAAUCGUGGGUGCGUGUUAUACGCCGGCCCUUUAAAUUCUGCAGCCGCCUGAGCGCUCUGUUCAAGAGCGGUCAGGCGGCUGCAGUUGGUACUCACCUCCCCUGUAGCGUGGCCGAGCCGCUCUGCAGUCCGCGGUGGCCGGCCGGACUGAUAGGAAGGUGCACGCUCAGUGUGCACCUUCCUGUCAGUCCGACCGGGUACAGGAAACAGAAACUCCUGUUCCGCGCGGAACAGGAGUUUCUGUUUCCUGUACCCGGUCGGACUGACAGGAAGGUGCACACUGAGCGUGCACCUUCCUAUCAGGCCACCGGCCACCGCGGACGGCAGAGCGGCUCGGCCACGCUACAGGGGUGGGGGCUAAGAAGGGGGGAGGGGGGCUAAGAAGAGGGGAGGGGGCUGGGAGGGGGAAGUAGAAGAAGAGGGAGGGGGGUAAGAAGGGGGGGUAAGAAGUUCUUUUAUUGGCCCCGAAAUUUAAAAAGGACCACUCUAGGCACCCAGACUACUUCAGACUUGUAAGAGUAGUCUAGGUGCCACUUGGGUCUCUCAAGAGGGGUUAACCAUUUUUAUAAACAUGGCGUUUUGGAGAAGCUGUAUGUUUAAAUAAUAAAAUUGUUGAAAACAUCUUUCAUUUGGCGGCUACUAAAGCUUUACUCUUGUCAGCGCCUACUCACUGUUUUCAGGGUGAGAGUACUUUUAUAGCGAUCUAUAAGCUUUGUGUAAAUGCUUUCUAUGCAUUUCAGCUUCAUCACUUACAUGCCGUAUUGCAUUCCAACCGAUACAUCCUUGAGAAGCAAGGAGGAGAGGGAGGAGUACAGCUCGCCGAGCUAAGAGAAAGGUAAGUGUUUAACCCCUUCCUCUCUUAGGCCCGGCAGGAGAAGGGUCCCUGAGGGUGUAUAACACGCACCUCAUUUUAAGAAGGAAAUUUCAGGGGGAAAAAACUUAAAGGACCACUAUAGUGCCAGGAAAACAUACUCGUUUUCCUGGCACUAUAGUGGUCCUUUAAGUUUUUUUUCCCUGAAAUUUCCUUCUUAAAAUGAGGUGCGUGUUAUACGCCGGUGCGUGUUAUAGGCCGAUAAAUACGGUAAUAGUGAAGACUAGGCUAGACAUGUAUAGGACUGUGGGGGUUGUGCUUAAGGUUGAAGCUGUAUGGCUUGCGUUCUCUAAAUAAUAAACAUUUGUACUUCACUAAAUAGGUUAAACAUAACAACCCUGCGCUUUGCUAGUAUUAGGAACUGCUAGCACGGGGGUAAACGUAAGAAUACUCAUGUGAAUCAUGGCCAUUUUUAAAUAAAUAUCCAUAUAUUAAGUCCUAAAAAUAACUCUGCUUAGUGUCUGACUGUAAGCAAUUAGUGGGAAAGAGUAGACAUCACCAAUCAAUUAUAUUUAGAUUAAGUCUACAAAAAAAAGAUUAUUCGUUUUUCUUACUCGUAAGUUAGUCCAAACACUGUAGAUACAUUUAAUAGGGUGAUUGGGGGGGGGUGAUUUAGUGAAUUCCUUUAUAUAGAACAUUACUGUCCUACUGGUGGAUCAAGGAUUUGUUUAGGAUUCCUCGUGGAUCUUGGGCCUGUGUUCUUCAGUGGUUUGGCUUGGAUUCCUGGUGGACCUUGGACCUGUUUCCAUCAAUGGUUUGGCUGGGAUUCCUGGUGGACCUUGGACCUGUGUCCAUCAGUGGUUUGGCUGAGCUUUCUAGUGGACUUUAGACCUGUGUCCAUCAGUGGUUUGGCUGGGAUUCCUAGUGGAUCUCGGACCUGUGUCCUUCAGUGGUUUGGUUGGGAUUCCUGCUGGACCUUGGACCUGUGUCCUUCAUGGGUUUGGCUGGGAUUCCCAGUAGACCUUGAACCUGUUUCCUUCAGUGGUUUG